AUGACUUUCUUGAAGCCGACUAGAACUGACAGCGGCCGAUCUAGCUCUCAAGAAAUUCACGAUCAACAUAAUCUGACAUUAUCACGCACACCUCGACCAUACCAUUUGAGGGGUGACAGUCUUACGACGUCCCAGUCAUGGUCAAGCGCCGGUGGCUCGACUUCAGUCGCCCAUGGAUUCGUUCCAUCACCCCGUCCGAGCCGGUCGGAGUCCAGUGACAGCGGCACGGAGGCGGAUGAUGAGAAGGGUCCUUUCCUGAAGGGCCUUCCGGCACCCGCACUACGCUUGCAUAAGGGCCUCCGAGGAAGCACACCAGCGAAUCUCACACCAGCUGGAAGCCCGCCGUCUACACCUCCGGCCUUCGUGGACGGGGAAGAACCUCGAUUCUUUGAGCCACCAGAGAAAAAUGAGAAGAGAUCGCAGGCAACGAGAAGCCAGGUGAGGGACUAUGAAACAUACAAGGACCGGAAAGGACGUGAGAUUGUCCGAAGAUGUACAGAGACCAUCUUACUCUGUGGCAUCAGCGCCAUUGUGUGGAAUAACAGGAAAGGCUCGACAGGUCUCAAGGACUGGCUGAAUGAGAUCGCGGCUUUUCUUGUUAUUCCCCUUCUCGUAUACCUGCUGUACCCUCUUCGACUCACCUGUCGUGCGCUGGCAUCAGGCAAGACCUUAAUCCAGGCACUACGACUGGCAUUACAUAUCCCCUCACGGUUUGACCCAGGGCCUCUUCUGUACCCUGUAUCGCUACCAUCGAUGGUUGCCAUAUCACUGUUCCACCACAACAGUUCGUUUCUCCCCGCCGCCAUUGUUUGUGGCCUUUCCUCCAUGCCGCGAUUAGUCACAACGACACCACAAUUCCCUGCGAUCGGGGACUAUCUGCUCUGGCUAAUUUCAGUUUUACCCCUCCACACCUCGUAUCACCGAAUAUUUACUGCCUCGGUCUCGAAGCCACUUUCGUUAAAGAUCGGUCCGUCUCUGACGCAAGAAGACCUGGUUCUGCUAUUUCCACUGCACCACGUAUUGAUGUCGAUGCUUGGCUAUCUCACCACAUCCAGCCUCGAGACCUCAGAGUUACAGCUACUUUCGUCAGCGUUGGUUACCCUCUAUCUCUUUGCGGGGACACCGCAAGCUGAAAUCCUGAAGGGAAUGAUAUGGCUCGGCGGCUUGUGCAUAUUCAUCACAUGCAAGAAUGUGCUAAUGUGGGAAGUUGCACUGGCACGGGUGCCAACCUGGAGGCUUCUGAAGAUAAGACGGAACCGAGGCUUUAUAUCACAAAUUGAUCAAGCUAUAUGUACCUUUCUUGUCAGAGGGACGUUCCGUCAGGUCGACGGUGAAGAGUCCGAAUCUGACGACGAUGUUCAGCCUAUGAAGAGUAUCCGGAGAUUGCGUCCUCGGCUGAAGCUGCAACUCAACGGAAGAGCUUUUUCUGCCAUGGACCCGGGUGAAGAGGCGAAAUCAGCGCUUGAAGCGCCAGUGACCCAGGCUACUUCACUGGAUACAGCGACAAUAGCAGCGCCCUUUCGCAGGAAUUCUUUCGCAGCUUUCGACCAUGGCAGCCGCAAACAGGACCCCGUCACUUCGAAGAAGGCGAAGCCAGUCGCCAGUGGGUCCUCCGCGCCGUUCCUGGCAUUUACUCUGGAACAAGUUCGAGUUCGGAAGUAUGCGUAUGCGGCAGUUGCUUACUUCUCUGUUGCUGCCAUAAUCCUGGGCCCGGUUCGGCUCUAUGUGGCUGCGCGAGCAUUGUCUAACCAUGAGCCGAUCGGGUGGGCACUCGGCUAUUUGCUUGGGAAUCUCCCCGCGUUCCGGUUCUGGGUAGUCAGCAACAACUUAGAGCGCUGGAUCAGCCUUCCAGCUCGGCAGAGGGAGCCCGCUAUCGAGGACGGACUCAUUGAGCACCUCCGACAAAACGUGCUCGGACCUGCUACCACACGCCUCGCCAUAUGCGCAUACUGCCUCGUUGUUCUGGGAACUGGUAUCGCGGCUGUCGUGCGACUCACAUCUGUGGUUGAGGUUGACACCAGACGCAAGGUCUUUCAUGGCAUCAUGGUGGCCAUGCUGCUUCCCACAAUAUAUGUGGAUCCGUGUUUUAUUGCGUUGGCUCUUAGCCUGAUCCUGGCGAUAUUCUUGCUGCUCGACCUUUUCCGGGCGUCACAGCUUCCGCCGAUCUCGAAACCGUUGACUGUGUUUUUGGCGCCAUACGUGGAUGGGCGAGAUCACCGAGGUCCAGUCAUUGUGUCACACAUCUUCUUGUUGAUUGGGUGUGCCAUCCCUUUGUGGCUUUCGCUUGCUGCUGCGCCCCGCGGUGGUGAUGCGCCAUGGACUGGCUGGGACACUUCAGUGCGAGACUUGAGCAUGGUCAGUGGCGUUGUUUGUGUGGGCAUGGGCGAUGCGGCGGCAAGCCUGAUCGGCCGGCGUUAUGGGAAGACAAAAUGGUACUGGGUGGGUGGGAAAAGCUUGGAAGGAAGCCUCGCCUUUGCCCUUGCGGUCACGUGCGGCCUACUAGCGAGCUGGGCUUGGCUUAGGCUCGGGGGAUGGGCGUCGUGGCAUGAUGGGAAGACGUUCGGGUCACUUCUGGGGAAAUGCCUAGUUGCAGGGACCGGGGCAAGUCUAUUAGAGAGUACCUUGACUGCGGCAAACGACAACGUGGUUGUUCCAGUGGGACUGUGGUUGUUAGUAAGCGGGUUGGAUAUCUAA